AUGGCAUUUGGUCUGUGUAUUAAGGGUUUCUUGAAUUGCAUCCACCCAGUAAUCGUAGUUGAUGAGAUCUAUUUGCACGAGAAAUACAAAGGUAUGUUGUUAAUAGCAACCUAUAUUGAUGACAAUAACAACAUAUUUCCUAUCGCCUUCAAUAUUGUAGAUGGUGAGAAUGAUGCAUCAUGGACUUGGUUCAUGAUUCAUUUGAAGGCUUUGGUAGGAGACAUUUCGAAUUUAGUGAUUAUAUCAAAUCGUCACAUCUCAAUUGCAAAGGUUGCCUCAAGUAUAUUCUCGGAUGCAUUUCAUGCUUUAUAUAUAUACCAUAUUCAGAACAAUUUGAUAGGCAAAUUUAAGAAUAAGGACAUAAUCCCACACUUCUACCUAGCGGUGAAAACUUAUAGAAUGUCUGAGUUUCAGAUGUCUUGGGCUAAGCUCCAUCAAUAUCCUAGGGUGAUGACCUAUCUUGAGGAGGUUAGAUUACAACGGUGGAUAAGGGUUUAUCAAGUCCAUUGUACAUAUGAUAAGUCGACGACAAAUAUAGUAGAAUGUCUCAAUGGAGUGUUGAAAAAUACACGAGAACUACCAAUCACGAAGCUAUUGAAGCAUAUCCAUGAGUGGUUAUAA